AUGGCCGAGCCGCCGGCGGCGCCGGGCCCCGAGGGCGAGGAGGGCCCGGUUCGCUUCGCCCGCAAGGGCGCCCUGCGGCAGAAGAACGUGCACGAGGUGAAGAACCACAAGUUCACGGCGCGGUUCUUCAAGCAGCCCACCUUCUGCAGCCACUGCACCGACUUCAUCUGGGGCUUCGGCAAGCAGGGCUUCCAGUGUCAAGUUUGCUGCUUCGUCGUGCACAAGCGGUGCCAUGAAUUCGUCACCUUCUCCUGUCCCGGAGCUGAUAAAGGCCCCGCCUCGGAUGAUCCCCGGAGCAAACACAAAUUUAAAAUCCACACGUACUCCAGCCCCACCUUCUGUGACCACUGCGGGUCGUUGCUGUACGGGCUCAUUCACCAGGGAAUGAAAUGUGACACCUGUAUGAUGAACGUGCACAAGCGCUGCGUGAUGAACGUCCCCAGUCUGUGCGGGACGGACCACACUGAGCGUCGGGGACGGAUAUACAUCAGGGCUGACAUCGAGAAGGAUGUGCUCACCGUCGUAGUAAGAGAUGCUAAAAACCUAGUUCCUAUGGAUCCUAAUGGCUUGUCAGAUCCCUACGUGAAGCUUAAACUAAUCCCUGACCCCAAAAACGAGAGCAAACAGAAGACCAAAACUAUCAAGUGCUCCCUGAAUCCCGAGUGGAAUGAGACAUUUAAAUUCCAACUGAAAGAGGCAGACAAAGACAGGCGGUUGUCCGUGGAGAUUUGGGACUGGGAUCUGACCAGCAGGAAUGAUUUCAUGGGCUCCUUGUCCUUCGGGAUUUCUGAGCUGCAGAAGUCAGGAGUCGAUGGAUGGUUUAAGCUGCUGAGCCAGGAGGAGGGGGAGUAUUUCAAUGUCCCAGUGCCUCCCGAGGGAGAAGAAGGAAACGAGGAACUGAGGCAGAAAUUUGAGAGAGCCAAGAUUGGAACGGGGUCCAAGGCUGCAGAUGAGAAGACAACAAAUGCCAUUUCUAAAUUCGACAACAACGGGAGCAGAGAUCGGAUGAAACUUUCGGAUUUCAAUUUCCUGAUGGUGCUGGGAAAAGGAAGCUUUGGGAAGGUGAUGCUGGCGGAGAGGAAGGGCACCGACGAGCUCUACGCUGUUAAGAUCUUGAAGAAGGAUGUCGUUAUCCAGGACGACGACGUAGAGUGCACGAUGGUUGAAAAACGCGUCCUGGCUCUCUCCGGGAAGCCUCCGUUCCUGACCCAGCUCCACUCCUGCUUUCAGACGAUGGAUCGCUUGUAUUUUGUGAUGGAAUACGUGAAUGGUGGGGACUUAAUGUACCAGAUCCAGCAGGUUGGGAGGUUUAAGGAGCCACACGCUGUAUUCUACGCAGCAGAAAUAGCCAUCGGCCUCUUCUUCCUGCAGAGCAAAGGCAUCAUUUAUCGAGACCUGAAGCUGGACAACGUGAUGCUGGAUAGCGAGGGGCACAUAAAGAUCGCAGACUUUGGCAUGUGCAAGGAGAACAUCUGGGACGGGGUGACUACCAAGACCUUCUGCGGCACUCCAGACUACAUUGCGCCUGAGAUAAUUGCUUAUCAGCCCUAUGGGAAGUCUGUGGAUUGGUGGGCAUUUGGAGUCCUGCUCUAUGAAAUGUUAGCUGGCCAGGCUCCCUUUGAGGGAGAAGAUGAAGACGAGCUCUUCCAGUCCAUCAUGGAGCACAACGUAGCCUACCCCAAGUCCAUGUCCAAGGAGGCAGUGGCAAUCUGCAAAGGGCUGAUGACCAAGCACCCUGCCAAGCGACUGGGAUGUGGCCCGGAAGGGGAGCGGGACAUCAAGGAGCACGCGUUCUUCCGCUACAUCGACUGGGAUAAGCUGGAGCGCAAGGAGAUCCAGCCUCCCUUCAAGCCAAAGGCUUGUGGACGCAAUGCUGAAAACUUCGACCGGUUUUUCACUCGCCAUCCACCCGUCUUAACACCUCCUGACCAGGAAGUCAUCAGGAACAUUGACCAGUCAGAAUUCGAAGGAUUUUCCUUUGUUAACUCUGAGUUUUUUAAACCUGAAGCCAAGAGCUAAGUAGCUGUGUAGAUCUCAUUCCUGCAUCUCUAUCAUCCAGUCCCAACUGCUGUUGCGGUGACAUUUUCCAUUGCAAAACUUGCAUUCAUGGUUUUUCUUUAGUACUACUACUAGAGUGACCAUAUUUCAAAGCCAGAGUGUCUUCACGUGAUUUGGGGCAUGCCCGGAGGGUGGGUGAUGUGCACUAGGCGCUGCGAAUGUGCUUUUAUGACAUUGUAUUUGUAGAAAGUGAAAACAGUUUGUUGGCUGACGGAGG